AUGGUUUUUCUGACAACUAAAGUAAUGCAAAGGACUGCGCUCUUUGUGACAUUUGGAAGUUGGGUGACUUCUCUGAUCACCGCCUUCCUUCCACUGUGGAAGACAAUGAACUCUGACCUGAACGAGGUGGAGAACUGGUUCUCUGGUCUGUGGCUCACCUGCCUCUACACCGAAGAGGUAGGAAUUCAGUGUAAAGCCUAUGACUCCAUCAUGGGGCUGCCAAUGGACCUGCAGAUCUCCAGGGUGCUCGUGUCAGUGUCUAUAGGCACAGGUGGUUUAGCUCUGCUGGCUGCUUUCCCAGGACUGGAGGGGGUUGGGAUGUGUGUGGGGCAGCCUGGCCUCAAGCGACGGCUCAUCAUCCUCGCAGGAGUGAUGACCUGGGUGUCGGGGCUCACUACUCUCGCUCCUGUCUCACUUGUUGCCUACACAACUGUGGUGGACUUCUGGGACGAGGGUUUUCCUGAUGUGAUGCCACGCUGGGAGUAUGGAGAGGCGAUGUUCUCUGGGUGGUUUGGAGGUUUGGGUCUGGUCAUCGGAGGGACCCUCUUCUUUGUAGCUGUGUGCAUGUGGGACUACGACCAGAAGCCACCAAGUGUGCCAAACAGUCCUCAGGCAAAGCACAGGACAAAGAACUACCUGAAGACGGAGGUUUUAUAGAGUCAUCUGCACAUUUAUAUA